GAUGUACCUUGUCCUCAUCAUACUGCAAAGUUAUUGUGUAGGACAUUUUGAAACAUGUGUACGUAGAUAGUCAUCAAGUAGUCAUCACCCAAGAAAGAUGCAUCGCGUCGGAGCCGUCGCGCGCCAUGUGCGCUGUUCUUCCCCGUCAGCGCAGUCGUCAGCGCGACGGGGCAUAGCCUCGGCGAAGCAGCGUGGGUCGAUCGUUCAAUCGUUCAGCGACACUCACAAUUACUCGUUGGAAGGAGGAAAGGUAAUACCGCUACUGUCAUGAAACUCGCUGUUGUAGAUCAUACUGCUAUGUUGGAAACGAUAUCUUUUAGUGUUGACCCUGACGACCGAUCCAAUGAAUUACAAAUCGUAUCUUCAGGUCCUCAUCGCCAAUCGUGGCGAAAUCGCGAUACGGAUUGCCAGAGGAGCGAAGGAGCUUGGUCUUAAAUCAGUCGCUGUGUACGCUCCUCAGGACUCGCAAAGCCCUCACUUGCAAGCCGCCGACGAGGCAGUGGAGCUCCCCCUUGUUGAUAAAGGCGCGAGCCCGAUCGCGCCUUAUUUGGAUAUUCUUAUGAGCAGCUGGCAACAGAAGAUACUAGGAGUAGUUUUGUAGUCGUAGCGCUUCGUUGGCUUCAAACGGGAAGCGUUUCAAACGGGAAACGGGUCUGUGCGUAUCUCGCCUUCUGAAUCUCGCCAUCCGCGAAGCUGUUUUCGUAGUGCGGCCCUUUGUGUGCGUUCACGUUCAGCAUACAUUCUCCUCGGUUCGUCUCAUUUCUAACGCUCCAGCCCUGACCAACGUACUCCGACAGCACAAUUGCGAUUUCGUACAUCCGGGCUACGGUUUUCUGAGCGAAUCAGCGGAUUUUGCUGCGUCGGUCCAGGAUGCAGGAAAGACGUGGGUCGGUCCAGAUCCAGGCGUUCUGCGGUUAUUCGGCGACAAGGUAGCAGCACGAACGCUAGCGAUAGACAAUAAAAUCCCUGUAGUGCAAGGUAGUCCGAAUCUAGAAAACGCUGACGUGUGUGAAAAAUGGUGCCAAGAACAAAGCGCUUCUAGUGGGUUUCAACUUCCUGCUAUCUUAAAAGCGGCGUACGGUGGCGGAGGCAGAGGGAUGAGAAUCGUCCGCGAGUGGAAGGAGUUGAAGCCGAACUUCGACACAUGUCAAAGAGAAGCGAUGACGGCUUUCGGAAGAGGAGAAGUCUUCAUUGAAGAGUUCUGGAACCGAACGAAGCAUUUGGAGGUACAGAUAUUGGCGGACGGAGGUGGUGGCGUGGUGCAUUUGUUUGUUAUGGAGAACAUAGUCAAGGAUGGGCGUCUACCACCACCGGUGGUUUUGUCAACUACUAAAGGAUUUCCUUAGUGUAGAAGUUAACAGGAUCAUCAAUCGACGUACGGUAGUGCAGCACUAGACAGUCGAAGUUCUCUUCUAAUGCCCAACGCGACUGCACAGUUCAGCAUCGGCAUCAGAAAAUGGUGGAGAUGGCUCCAGCUAGGGACAUACAUCCAGAAUUGCGAAAAAAACUGACAGACUGCGCAAUAAGUCUAGCGCGUGCAAGCGGUUAUCGCGGAGCGGGAACAGUGGAAUUUUUGGUCAGAGGGAGUCUGGAUUAUGGAUGGAGUAAUUGCAGGCAGAUCAAAUACAAAUGACAGCUAGUGCAGAUGAUAGUUGUUUCGAGUGUCGUCUAAAAUGGUCGAGUCUUCUCUCUAACUUACUUUAUCAAGAGCUGUUAACUGAAUUUAUAAGAAAUCCUGCUACAAAUCCCUCUAAGGCCCAGACGCCAACGCCAACUUCGUGUUUAUGGAGAUGAACCCCCGUGUGCAGGUCGAACACACUGUGACGGAAGAAGCCACUGGACUGGAUAUCGUUCAGGCGCAAUUGCUGAUCGCAAGUGGCAAGUCCUUGGCUGAUCUGGACUUGGUGCCGGAGAAAAUCCAGGAGAAACGAUACGCCUUGCAGUGUCGCGUAACGAUGAUGCCUGGUGGUGGGGAGAGGAUAUCGGAAUACGCGGAGCCCGUGGGAGACGCUAUUCGUGUAGACUCUGCGGGGUUUUAUUCCGGUCUCAAACCAAAUCAAAUGUACGACCCGUUAGUCGGGAAGUUGAUUUGUUGUGGCAAGGACUUCACAGAAGCGUUGGACUUGACGAAGAAUUAAGGGUUUCCGAAUUACAUCCCUCACUACCAUCCUUGGCUCCUUUUCAAGGGGCUCAAAUAGGUCAAGGAUGUUCUGAAGAUGAAUGCAAUACCUUACCACUAUCUAAAAGAAGGCACUGGUGGAUUUUAAGAUCGUCGGAGUGAAUAGCAAUUUGCCAGCUUUGGGAAGGAUCGUCCGACAUCCAGAAUUUGUGGACAAUACCAUGUGCACAGACCUGACAGCAGAGAAUUCGGAGCUUCUACAGCUGCCAGGAUGGGAUAAAGCAGGGAAAGUGAAAAUUAUCCGUUCAUGAUAAAUCAAAUAGUCACACAUUUACUGUUGUCUCUUUAAAGGAAACACACUUUCUAUAUCAAUCCAACAACAAGCUAGACCACUAGCGGGGAGAAGUCGCCAGGGAAAUCUUAGGCAGAUCGUCGAGUGGAUUCAUUUUGUCAAUGUCGAUAGUCCAGAAGUGCCACAUCUUCGCGAAGAGUUUCGCUAGAAGUACUUGCCAAAUUUCCUUGAUUUCCCCACCUCUAAUCCCAAGCCCGUCGUCCAGAAGCCAGCAGAGAAGAAGUAUAGUGAGGUUCUGGUAGAACAGAAAGUCUUGACUCCGAUGACUGGCAGCAUUCUCGAAGUCCGGAAGCAAGUUGGCGAUACAGUAGAAGUUGGUGACGUCGUGAUCACAAUGAGCGCGAUGAAGCUUGAGACGGAGGUGACGUCGCAGCUUAAGGGGAAGUUAAGGCGUUGACACUAGAUUCAACUAUUCGGUUUCGAAUCGCAGUUUGUUCCUGACUAAGAUGACAAGAAAUUCUGGGGAGUAGAAACUACUCACUGAGUUCUCAUGGUUCCAAGCCGAUUAAGUAGGACCUCUUAACCAACGAGUAGAAACCGAAUCAUACUUACAUUUUGUUUCACAGUUCAUCGUCUAAUCAAAGUAACUCGCAUCGAGUGUAAACCGGGAGAUCAAGUGUCAACAGAGCAGCUUUUGGCUGUAGUUGAGGGCUACGAAGAAAUCGCGCAGGAAGAGGCAGACCUAAGUGGAGGUACAGCGGUUGUGGUUAUGAACGGGGGAUAUUUCGACUUUGGCAUUGGCUUAUUUCUUUCUGUAAGCUGCAUCUGCAAGACAAAAACAAGGAAUAUUAGGAAAUUGGAAGUCAUCUCUGCAAACUAGUGCCACCUCUCACUCUAACUUCUGCGGAAGCGCCGGUGGCAGCGCAGCAGCAGCUUCGGACGCGCGUAGUGCCAGUAGCGCGUGGGGCGUGAGCCCUGAAGACUAUGUGGCUUCUCUCCACGCCGCCUUCUCCCAGACAGUUGCCUCACUUAGAUCCUCAGUGAACACAUCCGAUGCGAAGGCAACUGUUCGUCGUGAAUGCAACGAAAGGCUAAAAGGAGAACUACGCCAGAAACUAGAGGAAGUUGCGCAAGGAGGGGGUGAGAAGUACGUAGCUGUCCACAGGAAGCGUGGGAAGUUGUUGCCACGAGAAAGGGUUGAGAAGAUCAUAGAUCCCGGUAGUGAGUUUCUGGAAUUGUCUGCUUUGGCUGGGCACGAGCUGUACCCGGAAGAAGGUCCGUUGCCUUCUGGGGGCAUGGUCACUGGCGUUGGACUGGUGUGCGGCCGCGAAGUCAUGUUCGUUGCGAACGAUGCUACGGUGAAGGGCGGCACCUACUUCCCAGUCACAGUCAAAAAACACCUGCGAGCACAGCAAAUCGCUCAGGAGAAUAGAUUGCCUUGUGUGUACUUGGUGGACAGCGGAGGCGCGUUCUUGCCGAAGCAAGACGAGGUCUUUCCGGACAGAGACCAUUUUGGAAGAAUAUUCUUUAAUCAGGUACUAAAUACUUCUAGGGAGGAGCGUUUGUUCUCAAAGCACUAAAGUAAAACGGCCGGUUAGAAGUUUUCACCUCUAUCCCUCGGCUUAUCCCUUCAAACAAACUAUGUAUUCUCAAUCCUGUGAACCAACCAGCACUGAGAGCAAAAUUAUCUUUGCUGCAAAAUUGUACUUUAUCGACAGUCUUCGAUCUGAUCGAGAUCAACUAUCCCACACACACCCUCCCCCACAGGCCCGCAUGUCACAACAAGGGAUUCCGCAGAUUUCAGCAGUCUUGGGAAGUUGCACGGCAGGUGGAGCGUAUGUGCCGUCGAUGUCGGAUGAGUCGGUGAUCGUAAAAGGAAACGGAACAAUUUUCCUCGCUGGACCUCCACUGGUGAAGGCGGCCUUGGGGUUAGGAGUUGUGGUUUUUGAUUUUUCGAUUUGCCCUUGUUCGCCUUCCUCGCGUUCGCAUGAAGAUCUAGUUGACCUUCUUAGUUUUCGCAUCCUGCUGCAUAUGAUGUGACAUUUAAUUUGGAUCAAGGAAGUAGGUUGAUAGGUCGAGUUGUUGUACCUCUUUCUCUAACAACCGAAGUAGUCUCAGCCGAGGACUUGGGUGGUGCUGAAGUUCACACAGCAAAGUCUGGCGUCGCGGACCACAUGGCUUCGGACGAACAAGCUGCUUUGAAGAAGAUACGGGAGAUCUUAGCGGCUUUACCUCCGGAUGAGACAGUGGAGCGUACUCCACCUGGUGUUGUAUCUGGCACUACUCGCGCAUCCCCUUUCGCAGACCCUCUAUAUCCUUUGUCGGAUCUAUUGUCGAUCGUGCCUGAAGACAACCGCAUUCCGUUCGAUGUAAGGGAAGUAUUGGCGAGAGUGCUGGAUGGGUCGAAAUUUUAAGAGGAUGGAUGUCUGUUGGACCAUUCGAACAUAAGUUCGACAACUAGUUUUUGUUUCCAUUCGACAACUAGUUUUUGUUUUCCAUAACCUAACCUAACCUUUCCCAGUAUGCUGUCCCUGUUGAUUGUGUACGCGCAUGUGAAGUUCGAGGUAGUUGCAGAGACAGGAUAUUAUUUCUUUCAUUCUAAGAUUCCCACGAAUUCAAGGAACGCUUCGGCACUUCUAUCGUCUGUGGAUUCGGAACGAUUUUUGGUCUGCCAGUCGGAAUCGUCGCGAACAACGGAAUCCUCUUCUCAGAAUCCGCUUUGAAAGCAACCCAUUUCGUCCAGCUUUGUGGGCAGCGAAGAGUACCUCUUCUGUUCUUGCAGAACAUUACCGGUUUCAUGGUCGGCCAAAAGCUGGAGAACGAAGGGAUUGCGAAGAACGGAGCCAAGAUGGUGACAGCGGUGAGCUGUGUGGACGUGCCGAAAAUUACACUACUAUUUGGAGGGUCGCAUGUUACGGUUUUUACCACAGUUUUUUCCCUUAAUAUCUUUUCCAGAAGUAGACCUGAAUAUCUACUACUUCGUGGCCUUGUCUUCUAAUCCAAGUGCAGGAAAUUACGGCAUGUGCGGACGCGCCUAUGAUCCAAGGUUCCUGUUUUCGUGGCCCAACAGUCGCAUUUCCGUGAUGGGAGGACCACAGGCUGCGGCAGUGCUGAGUCAGGUGAAAUCGGACCAAAACGUGGCAAGAAAGGAACCGGCUUUUUAUGACUUCUGUGCCCGAAUCUCGAUGAUGUAAUUCUAGCACUCUGUUAUAUAUUUGUUUAUCCUUGUUCUACGUGGUCUACUGCAGAGGGAAAUAUAGGAAACCAUAAAUUAGCCAUAAUUAUGAGGUCAAGAGUUUUUUGGAAUAGAAACUAAGAUUGCUAAAGCUUGCAGUCCCACCAAGUGUGGAGGCGAAGCAGCGGCAUCCUAUCCUAUCCUAUCCUAUCCUAUCCUAUCCACGCAGAGUCCUCGUACUUUAUCCUAUCCACGCAGAGUCCUCGUACUUCUAACUCCCAACCGACUCUGAAAAAGAGGCCUUCGAAAAGCCCAUCCUCGACAAAUUCGAGAAGGAAGGCUCUCCUUAUUACGCUUCCGCACGCUUGUGGGAUGAUGGGGUGAUAGAAAUUGAGGAAACAAGGAAGGUUCUAGGUAAGGCUCUUCGCAUCGUCACCAGACAGAUGCACGAUGCGCAAUUACCGAAAGAGAGGAAGGGAUACGGGAUUUUCCGGACAUGAUCCGAGUAUUCUUGUUCUGUGGGGAUCGAUUUUACGAUAACACCAGAAUCGUCGUCAUGAACAGUCGAAAUGAUCGCAGUAUUCACAUUUAAGAAUUUUUGAAUUUGAAACAAUCAGGAAGAUGUCAUGUGUCAUGCUAAAAUGUUCUUCAUUAGAUUUUUUUAGUCAGUACCCAUUUUGUGUAGAAAAGAAAUUGCAAUGUUUAGGGACUGAUGUUGAGAGAGUAAAAGUGUAAGCAGGAGAGGCCGGUCUAUUCUUAAUCUUCAUCCAGAACAACAAUGGAAUUGGUGGAAAGAAAUGUCAACGUGUGAAGUCAAAAUUUGAUGCUGACUGACGAUAUCUUGAUCUUCCGAAUAAGAAAUGUCUUGUAUUUGAUAAUGAAAUGAAGACAACCACGAACAGGAGUACACGUCUGCUUAUUUCGCCGACACGCAACGCUUUCUUUCUGUCCAAUGAUGAAAAUCCUAAUCAACAAAGUGAAACUAGAGGAGAG